UGUUUUAGUACGAUGGUUUCCAUCUCAAAUGUUAAACGUUAUGUGGAUAAAUAGAUAGAUAUAUAGUUAAGUAUAUAGUGUAAAUAUAUAAGUGUAUAUAAUGGGUGCUAUAGUAAAUAAUACGAGUUUGCGGAUGCAAUAUGUGAUAGCUGCGGUCUUAUAUAUAGGACAGUUUGGGAUAGGCUACAACCUCGGCUGGACAGCUCCAGUGCUGGCCAAGCUCCAGGACCCUGAGCAAACACCGCUGGAUAACAUCAUAUCUGAUGGGAUGUCUUCCUGGAUUGUUUCCUUUAUUUAUUUUGGUACUAUUUCAGGUCCUUACAUAUCAGGGUACCUUUGCAACGUGAUAGGCAGAAAGCCUUGCCUUUUCCUAGGCGGCUGUGCUCAUUUUAUUGCCUCACUUACACUAGCUAAGUCCAAAAACGUGGCGGUUAUACUCACUGGACGUGUACUGAGUGGACUUGGCAAUGGAAUCAUUUACGUCACAAACUUGAUGUACAUUGGUGAAAUGGCAUCAACAAAAAUUCGAGGCACAUUGCUAACCUUGACAGGAUUAUCAAGUACAUUUGGUACUUUAAUAGUUUAUUCUGUGGGACCAUUUGUAACUUACGCUACGAUAUCCUGGCUGUCCAUGACCAUCUCAGGAAUAUAUCUCAUCGCUUUAUUCCUCGUUGUUCCUGAAACAGCGACGUAUCAUGUUAUUGCGGGUAAAAAAGACGCUGCGAUAGCCAAUCUCACAUUGCUAGGCAGACAGAGCGACAUAGAAGAAGUUGUAACUAAAGCAAGUGAAAAGCCUAGAUCAAAAAAAGACCAAAUGACAGAAAUGUUUACUGUGAAAUCAAACAGAAGAGCACUAUUCAUAGUUCUAACAUUAAGUGUACUGCAACAAAUGAGUGGAGUCAUACCUUUAACUGCUUUUGUGACUAUUAUAUUUGCUAUGACUGGUUCAACGGUAGAAGCCUAUGUUUCUACUAUAAUUGUCGGUUUGACUCAGAUCUUUGCUGCCAGUAUUGCACCGUUACUUGUAGACAGGAUUGGACGGAAGAUAUUAUUGUUAGUGUCUACUGCCGCUUGUUCUUUGAGCAUGGCUGCCCUUGGGACCUAUUUCUACCUCUACAACAACGGAUACGCCAUCGCCGAGGACUUGCAGUGGCUGUCUCUAGUCUCCCUAAUGUUGUUCUUCGUAUUUUAUUUUAGUGGUUUCGGCAUAAUUCCCAACACCUUCAUUGGAGAAAUGUUCACGGACACUUGUAGAGGUUUCUGCUCAACUUUCUCCGCCACUGUCGGCUGGAUCGUCGGUUUCGGUGUCACCACUUCCUUCGGCUACAUCCUCCUGGCCUGGGGACCUAGUACCACCUUCUACAUCUUCACUGCAACCUGCACCAUUGCUUUCUUGUUUAGUGCAGCAUUCGUCCCUGAGACGAAAGGCAAGAGUCUCUUACAGAUCCAAGAGUUCUUGGGAAAGUGAUUUUUGAACUGUGAUAUUUUUAAUUAAUAAAUGAUUGUUUUGUUAUUAUUUUGUGUUUUAUUUCCUUGCAAAUA